GUAUUGGUUGAAUUCGAUACUCCCGGACACACGACCUCUUGGGGAAGGGGACAGAAGGGGAUUCUCACUGAAUGUUACACUAAUGGCACCAAAAACGGAAAGACCGGACCAUUAGAUCCCACUAAAGAGAAUGUCUACACGUUUUUGGAGGAAUUGUUUACCGAAAUCGGCAACACUUUUCCCGAUCAAUAUAUUCAUUUGGGUGGCGAUGAGGUCGACUUCGACUGUUGGGCCUCUAAUCCAGACAUCAAUAAAUUUAUGAAAGAGAAAAAUAUUACUAAUUAUUCAAAACUGGAAGACUAUUACAUGCAAAGAGUGUUGAAUAUCGUCAAGAAAUUAAACAAAAGUUAUAUCAUUUGGGAGGAAGUGUUUAACAAUGGCGUUGAUCUGAAGCCGGACACUGUUGUCCACGUGUGGAUCGGCUCGUGGGGUACUGACAAAGAGAAGUAUUGGCGCCCGGAGUUGCAUAACGUAACCUCUGAGGGCUACAGAGCUAUACUGUCUUCGUGUUGGUAUUUGGAUCUCAUUAGUUAUGGCUCGGAUUGGAAACAGUACUACCGGUGCGAACCGCACAGCUUUAACGCUAUACUGUCUUCGUGUUGGUAUUUGGAUCUCAUUAGUUAUGGCUCGGAUUGGAAACAGUACUACCGGUGCGAACCGCACAGCUUUAACGGUACUGUCGAGCAAAAUAAUCUGGUUAUUGGCGGCGAAGCAGCGCUUUGGUCAGAAUAUAUUAACGGCGCCAAUCUUAUCAGUAGAACAUGGCCCCGGGCGUCGGCCACCGCUGAGCGACUCUGGAGUCCCAAAGCGAUGAACAGUACCGACAAAGCCGUCAAACGAUUUCACAAACAUAAUUGCCUUUUGAUUGAAAGGGGUCUCCGAUUAGAGCCUAAUGAAGGCCCGGCCCAUAAAUUUUACGCGUUGUUUGCUUUGAUACAAAGCCAGGCAGUGGACGGAGAGGUGGAUGUGUGGCCUCACCCACAAGACGCUACUUCGAGCCCAAACUUCCUACAAAUAGACUCAACAAAGUUUGUCUUCACUGAUAAAUCUGUGAACAAAUGCGAUCUUCUGAGUGAUGCCAUCACCAGAACUAAGAAAUCGGGUUUCAUUCAGGGCUGCGCUAGAGUUGGUGCCACUGAUUAUAAACCCUUUUAUCAAAAUAGCCAAAACUUUGAGCUCAACGCCAAUUUCAAAGGAGAUUUAAGUGGUAUUGAAAUCGAUGUGAAGUCUUGCGAAAAGUUACCGCAUUUGGAGAUGAAUGAGAAAUACAAUCUUGUGGUCGACGGAAGCGCCCGAACGGCUCGUCUCGAGUCCGACACCAUUUGGGGUGCGAUCAGAGGAUUGGAGACAUUCUCUCAAUUGGUCUCAAAUGUCGGACAAAACCAAUUCGUUAUUAAUGAAACAGAUAUCAGAGAUUUCCCCCGAUUUGCAUACAGAGGUAUAUUAGUGGACACUUCCAGACACUACAUACCAGUGAAUGUCUUGUAUGAGAAUUUGAAUGCAAUGGCUUAUAAUAAACUCAAUGUCUUUCACUGGCAUAUCGUUGACGAGCAGUCGUUCCCAUAUGUGAGCAAAAGGUUUCCCGAUUUGAGUCUUAAGGGCGCCUAUAAUCCCGAAACACAUGUCUAUUCACCACAAGAUGUCCAGAAUGUGAUUGAAUACGGGAGACAACGAGGUAUUAGAGUAUUGGUUGAAUUCGAUACU